AAUGACAAGAAGAGUGAGCUCUGUGUCGAUGACCAUGAAAAUGAAGAGGAAUCUAUCGACGGGAUCCCCGAACGAAGCAGCCCUCCAAAGCUAACUGCAUUGGAGAAAGGGAAGCAGAAAUUGACUCCUUCUCCAAAUGGGAAAGACGAGGACAUGGACGCUCACCUCAAAGUGACCAAGUGUCUGAGGUUUUUUAACAAGCAGUAUCUUCUCUGUGUCCAGGCCAAGUUGAGCAGGCCUGAUUUGAAGGGAAUAACUGAGAUGAUACAAUCCAAGGCAAUAUUGUACCCAAGAAAAAGGAUAGGUGACCUUCCAGGUAUUGCCGUUGGACAUCGUUUUUUCUCAAGAGCUGAAAUGUGUGCUGUAGGCUUCCAUAACCAUUGGCUAAAUGGUAUCGAUUAUAUGGGACUUGAAUACAAAAAAGAGUAUAGCAAGUAUGAUUUUCCACUUGCUGUUUCUAUCGUUUUGUCGGGCCAGUAUGAGGAUGAUCUAGACAAUGCAGAUACUGUGACUUACACUGGUCAGGGAGGGCAUAAUUUAACUGGUAAUAAACGACAGAUUAAGGAUCAACUGCUACUACGAGGAAAUCUGGCCUUAAAGGUCUGUUUUAUUUCUGCUUCUUACCACGUGCCUGUCAGAGUAACUCGUGGUCAUGAUUGCAUAAGUAGCUAUACCAAAAGAGUAUACACGUAUGAUGGAUUAUAUGAGGUUGUAAAGUACUGGGCACAAAAGGGCGUUUCAGGAUUUACAGUGUAUAAGUACCAACUGAAAAGACUGGAGGGCCAACCAGAACUAACUACUGAUCAGGUUAACUUUGUUUGUGGACGCAUACCAAAGUCUACUUCAGAAAUUGAGGGCUUGGUAUGUGAGGACAUCUCUAAAGGGCUAGAAUUUAAGCGCAUUCCAGCCACUAAUCGCGUUGAUGAUUCACCAGUUUCACCAUCAGGUUUCACAUACAUCAAAUCUUUGAUGAUUGAGCCCAAUGUCAAAAUUCCUAAGAGUUCGACUGGGUGUAAUUGCCAAGGC